AUGGAUAUUCAAUUACCAGUAAUGGAUGGAAUUGAAGCCACAAAAGUAAUUAGACAAGAAGAAAAAGCCAGGAAAAUUGGAAUAUUUCCUUCCCAAAGAUCAAAACAAUCUUCAUUUCCUUUCACCUCAUCCACAUCACCAUCACCUUCAUCAUCAACUGCCUCAACUCCUUCAGUUCUUGAAGAAGAAGAAGUAAUUGAAGUGAUCGAAGGUGAUGAUGGUUCACCUGAAAAUGUGGCACCAGUAAUAAUAUUAGCUUUAACGGCUUCCUCAUUACCUUCUGAUAGACAAAAUGCUUUGGCAGCUGGAUGUAAUGAUUUCCUUACCAAACCAGUUAGUUUAAUAUGGUUAGAGAAGAAAAUUAAUGAAUGGGGUUGUAUGCAAGCAUUAAUUGAUUUUGAGGGAUGGAGAAAAUGGAGAACUUAUGGGGAAGGAAAGAGUAAUAGAUCAACUACUGAUGUUGCCAGAUCUUCGAUUUCUUCUAUUGGAUCCAAUUCAACUAUUGGAUCGAAUUCUACUUUUGGAUCAAAUUCUACUGGAUUUAUUACAAACAUAGGAGAAAAUAAUAAAUUUA